AUGGCGGAGGUUCCACAGUCAAAAGUUUUUCAGGAUACAGAUCUGCCAGCUCAGGGCCGUAGGGACGGACCCAAGGAACUUGUGAUAGAGGUGCAAGGCGGCGUUCAGCUCCAGACCAACAAGGCCGUAAUGAUGGAGCGUAUCCCUUUGCUGAGGAACACCCUCAAUGCCACACAACGUCUGAACUGGGCCCAGGUGCCUGAGAACGCCGCUCAAGCAGUGCUCGAUUAUGUGAAUACCGGAAAGCUGAGAAUAACUCAAGAAAACGAAGGGAGCAUUAUUGCAUUGGCACGCAUCUUGCAGCUACCUAAACUCGAGCAGUGGGGAGUUGAUUUCAUGAGCAGGAGCAUUACUUUAAAUCGUCUGCCACCCACGUGGCAGCUGGCGACGUCUGCGAACAUCCCGGCACUGCAAGAGCACUGUCUGAGUUUUAAGAAGACGCACAUUGCUGCGGUUGGUGCCAUAGAUUUCUUUGUUGGCCUCCCACCCGACAUCGUGCUCAGCAUUCUUAAAAACGAUAAGCUAGCGGCCGAUUCGGAGAAUAAAAUAGUAGAGGCCAUCACACAUUGGUUGUUGCCCUGUCCCGGGUACAACCGGCCAGAGGAAUACCGACUAAAACAGGCUAAAGAUCUGUUCAAGGAGGUACGGUGGGACCUUACCACUGCUAGUUUUCGCCGAGAGGUUUUUUUACAAUGCAACAACUUGACUCACGACGAGGAAGCGACUAGCAUCAAAGAAUGCUCCGAGGCCUGCGCGUAA